CCAAGUCACUGUUGGAUCAGUUGAACAAACUUGCUCCCAGUUGCCUGAAGCUCAGCAGAGAGUUGGAGGAUGUUUUCUAAACUUGAUGCCACAAAUGAAGAGCUUAUACCUUACAUACUGUGCCAACCACCCAUCAGCAGUAAAUGUCCUCACAGAACACAGCGAGGAGCUAGGAGAGUUCAUGGAGAUGAAAGGUGCCAACAGCCCUGGGAUCCUUGUGCUGACCACAGGCCUCAGCAAACCCUUCAUGCGUCUGGAUAAAUACCCCACAUUACUCAAAGAGCUGGAAAGGCACAUGGAGGACUAUCACCCGGAUCGCCCAGACAUUCAAAAAUCCAUGACUGCCUUCAAAAAUCUUUCUGCACAAUGUCAAGAAGUUCGGAAAAGGAAAGAGCUUGAGCUGCAAAUACUGACCGAGGCUAUUCGAUGUUGGGAGGGAGAGGACAUUAAAACUCUUGGCAACGUGAUUUACAUGUCCCAAGUCAUGAUUCAGUGUGCUGGAAGUGAG